AUGGCUGUUAACAAACCAACGCCAUCUUUACCACAGCCUGACACACAGACAACAGCAACAUUUCUCACAGUAGAAUCAACAAGACAACUCAAGACACAAUGUGUACACACAACUGUUGAAGAACAUCCUGACCUAGAGCGUAGACUCGCCUCUAUUGAAACAACACUAUCUUCACUACAGGACAUACAACACAAGUCUACAGAUGACAUAUCAGAAAUAAAACAAUGGAGAGACAACUUUGUAACAGAACAGAGUGACAUGGGUGUAAACAUUGAACAACUGACUAAAAAACAAAAACAGAAUUUUAAAAACCUCAGAAGACAAAUAAGGGAACAAGAUAACAAAGUAAAGGAGCUGAAUAAAGAAAUUGAAAGUUUAAAAGAAAACGAAUUCAAGUCACACAAAACACUAGAGAAACUGUCUCUAGAUAUGAAAGAAUAUGAAAACAACUUACACAAAAUAAAUAAAGAGAUGCAAGAUAAAACCGAUAGUUUGACACAAGAAAUUAUAAGACAUUCAGAUCAGAUGACUGCCCUACAAGAAGAGAGUUAUAAAAUCAAGCUUAAUACAUCAACUCAAAAGUACAGUUUAAUAAUCAAGCUUCUGCAACAAAGAUUGAUGCCAAUUGACAAACUGAUUCAAACAUUUAACCAGAACUUGGAAACAAGGGAAGGAAGAAUAACGAAGCUGGAAAAAAUAGAAGAUGCCAUUUCAAAAUGGACCAAAGAUUUGAAUAUUAUGGAGUCACGUGUAUGUAACAGAUAUGCUUGUUUUGUGAAGUUUGCUAAUCCCACACCUGUCAGUGUUGGAUUAAUUAUUUCAACAUUUGGUAAAGUACGUGAAUAUAACGGUCAACAUUUUAAUCAAACAACAGGAACAUUUAUAUCACCACAUGAUGGUUUAUAUCUUGUCUGUGUAACUCUAAUUGAAAGGGAAGAUAAACGGAUUAUAGUUGGUGUGAUGGCUGGAGGCAGGUGCCGUACGGCUAUAGUAGUGAAAUCUGCCGCUACUAGCGCUGCUGGUUCAGUGGUUGUUGACUUGAAGAAAGGUCAAGAACUUUACUUUGAAGUGAUUCGCGCAGAUCUAGACGCAAAGUUAUCAGGCUUCAGUAGUUUAACUAUCGUUAGUUUAUAGAAGUACAACACAAAACAUGGUGGAUGGUAAAUUAAAAUAAAAUAUGGAAACACCAUGUUAAACACACGCUAACAACUAACUAUGUUUGUAGACUACGUCUACAAAAAUAUGUUUAUAUGUUGUUUUUUAGACAUCAUUACACAGUCCCAACUAAUUCAAUUUGAUCACCAAUUAAUAUGUUGUACGUGAUCACAAGAAAUAGAUAAGAUAAAUCUGUUUUUUUUUAAAUUUCUAUGUAUACGUGUAGCAUUGUAUUUGUUAAAAAUAAAACCUAGUUUUUUUAGUGUAAAAUAUGAAAUUAAAAUCCGCAUUUUCAGACUACUACAUGAACUAUUUAAAAAAGUGGAAUAAGUUCACUGGGUAACUAAAAUAUGUGUGAGAUAUGUUUUUAAAAAAUUAAUCCAUUUUAUGAAUUUGUAAAUAUUUUGAAAGAUACUGCCAGUAACUUUUAUUUAGUAAAUUACAGUUAUUCUCGAAACAAAUACCACUCUUGUGAUUUUAAUCAGUAAUAUUGUAUGUGAAUUAACACCUACGCAAACACACGCACACAUA